GGAGGCUUUCCAAUCUGGCAACCCUGAUACCUCCCGCCCCAAAAUACAAACAUGGCGCCGACCAAGAAACGCAACGUGAAGCUGGUAAAUACAGAACUAAGCGUGAAAACAGCGAAAAUAGAUCUAAAUUGUAAAGUCGACAGUAUACUUGGGAGCCGAAAACACGCUAACGACGUUUUUGACGUAUUUGAGUUCCUUCAGUCAGAAAAUGAGAAAGAUGUUUUCACGGCUGUCGAUGCGUGCAGCAGGUUGUUUGGCACACUGUUGGAAAGAAAUGAGUUAUUUAAAGGAAAACUGCCAGCGGAAGACGACGCGUUGAAUGGUGAAUACAGUGCUCAGGACAAAUAUCGCAUCUUCAUGAGACACCGUUACAGCAACUGUGUUGAGAUGCUACUUGAACACCUUAAUCAUGAACUUCAUGAUGUCCAGGAAGCGUCCUUGUGUUGCCUUAUGAAGUUUGCAGCAGGAGAAGGGCAGUAUCCUCUGGAGGACUUGGAUUGGAGUGAGCAUUACAGUUUUCCUAGGAAUCUCAUACAGGCGUUAAUGGACAGACUAAUGUCCCGAACGACAGACAAGUCUCUGCUCAUCUCUCGGUUUCAUGAGUUUCUGGAGAAGGACGAUGUACGCUAUUACGUCAUGAGCUCCAUUCGUGAAAACAUGGGCAAAGUAAUGGACAAAAGCAAAGGGGAAGUGAUGCCUGUAUAUCAACAGAAUGUGUUUACCCUUAUGUCGAACAUUAACAUGGCAAGGGAUCAGUCUGAGCUGUCUGACUUCAUGGUCAAACAGGAAGCUAAACACGAGGACUGGAAAGCUGCUAAACUAAUUGAACACAAACGUACCUUUGAGCGGAUGUGGCUUGGGUUCCUCAAAUAUAAGUUGCCGACUAACAUGUAUAAAAAGGUCUUGGUGAUCCUCCAUGAUGCAAUUUUGCCCCACAUGAGCAAACCCACACUAAUGAUUGACUUCUUGACCGCAGCCUACAGUGUUGGUGGAGCGAUAAGCCUGUUGGCCCUCAAUGGACUUUUUGUUCUCAUACAUCAACACAACUUAGAAUACCCUGAUUUCUACAAGAAACUGUAUAAUCUCCUUGAACCUUCCAUAUUCCAUGUUAAGUACAGAGCCCGCUUUUUUCAUUUGGCCAACCUGUUCCUUAGUUCCAGCCACCUGCCGCUAUACCUUGUGGCUGCUUUUGCCAAACGCUUGGCUCGACUAGGCCUCACAGCCCCACCCACAGCGCUCCUCAUCGUGCUGCCCUUUAUCUACAACCUGAUACGUCGGCAUCCAUCCUGUCGGGUCCUCAUUCACAAGCCCAGUGCGGAAGAUGAGCCUUUGGAAGACCCAUAUAUAAUGGAUGAGGACGACCCCGCUCAGUGCAAUGCCUUAGAGAGUAGCCUGUGGGAAAUUAAGACACUACAAAGGCAUUACCAUCCAGAUGUGGCCAAAAUGGCCAUGUUGAUCAACACGCCAUUGCCACAACAGGAGGAUGACAUCAGUGAGACACUUGAAAAAACAACAUUUGAGCUGAUGGAGAAAGACUUGAAGCAGACAUCGACCAAGAGCAUCCCACUGGAGUUUGAAACUGCCACUCAGCUGCUGAAAGUCGGCAAAGAUGUGAUGGGGCAGCACUUUUGUCUGGAAUGAAAGCGUUUGGGAUCAAUACAGUACAUGUUUAUUGCAACCCAGCGUGAACUUGGUAAAUUUGUAAAGGCCAGCUUGAUCCAAACGAGUGACUGCUGACUUCUUUGUUGUUGUUUUUUAACAUAACUCAUCACAUUUUUAAGAUGCUUCUGUCAUGUUUCGACUGUCCUAAAUUCUAUAAAACAUUGAAAUGACCUCACCAGUGGGUUAUUUUUUUUUUUGACCGAGAUAAUCUUCACAGGUUAACAUGAUACAUUUUCAUUUCCUGCAGGUGUUACAGCUUAGGUGUUCCUAUUUUUUGUUGUGUACUAUAUAUUUCCCUUCCACUAAAACAUGCAGCAUACUAACUGUUGAAGUGAAUGUUAAAACAGCAGUCAUAAAGCAACAAUGUGAAAACAUGUCCCCAAAUAAAACAAAAAUAA